AGUUGCGCAACGACAACAAUACACAAACAUAUUUAGGCUGUGAUUCGAAAUGUAUUUGAGGAUAACUGUAUGUUUAAACCCGUGUUACAGGGUAACGAAACUGUAAAAUGCAUUUACUUUUUAUCAUUAUUUUAACCUAUGGUGAUUUGGUAAGGGGUCACUUUACAUGGUUUCGUAUCCAUUCGCCGCGUCAUUAUUAUCACAAUGUGCUGCUGUAAUAGUACACUCGCGAAUAUAGAAUCACGGAAUGGCUGUUUCCGUACUAUGCAUCGUCAGUUCCAAUUUAAUUACUUACUAAAAUAUGUAUAACACCGCCUUUAAGUUUUAGAUUAAUUAUGGUAAGAUACUUUAAAAUUGUUGCGCAUGUCGACGUAAUUAUACGGUGUUUUUAGUCCCAGUAUUCACAGGAACAAUACAUAUUCGGUAAAUGUCUAUUUGUAAACUAUACAGAACACGAAAGGAAUAGGGGUUAACAUUUCGAAACGUUAAACCUCUUUUGAAUAAAUGUGCAUUAGUCGUUGUAAGUAUCAAUGCUUUAAACAUAUCGUUAUGUGACGUCGCUAUUUCGCUAAAGGCAGUAAAAAGCACAGCAAUAAUAUUUAGCAUAACAACAAUGAUAUGAAUUACAUGCAACCGCGCAACGCAACUUGAAACAGGACGAUUGAGGAAAUAUCUGCCCACACCGAGAGAUAAUUGGUGAACAUCUUACAGAACCACUCUGCUGUUGGUCAGUUUUGGUGUCAAACUGGGCGCGUAUCGACAGGACUACCAAGGAGUUAUGCGGGGGUCGGAUGGGACACCGGUGUCUUCAUGAGAUGGCUUGCCGGGGAGGGAGCUGCUGGAUUCGGCUCUGAUCUCCAGCUUCGACCUUUUAAGAGUCAGGGAGCGCAUCACACUGAGAAAGGAAAGGCCAUUCUGCAGGGCUGAGCCAGUCUGCACCCACCUAAAACCCCGGCUAGAUCGCCCCAUCCCCACAAUUGGCACAUCUCUACAUAUUUUGCCAUUUCCCAACGCUGCCUGUACUAUGUAGACAAGAAUUCUACCCCAUUUAGUGUUUGCAAAUGAAAAUGGAGGAAAUGUCUCUAUCUGGCCUGGACAACAGUAAACUGGAGGCCAUGGCUCAUGAGAUCUACACAGAUCUGAUUGACGAUGCCUGCCUGGGUCUGUGUUUCGAGGUCCACCGAGCUGUGAAGUGUGGCUACUUCCUUCUGGACGAAACAGACCCAGAAAGCAUGAAGGACUUUGAAAUCGUAGACCAGCCGGGCGUGGAUAUCUUUGGGCAGGUGUAUAACCAGUGGAAGAAUAAGGAGUGUGUGUGUCCCAACUGUAACCGUAGCAUUGCAGCCUCGCGCUUCGCCCCACACCUGGAAAAGUGUUUGGGCAUGGGCAGGAACAGCAGCCGAAUCGCUAACCGCAGGAUAGCCAGUCGUAACAAUAUGAACAAAUCAGAAAGUGACCAGGAGGACAACGAUGACAUCAAUGACAACGACUGGUCCUACGGCUCAGAGAAGAAAGCUAAGAAGAGAAAAUCUGAUAAGGUAUUUUUACAUUCUUUGAAACAACCCGGGUUUGUGAAUCCAAAUUCUCCAAGAAGAUCAAAAUCAAUAAAACAUAAAAACGGGGAACUUAGUAGCGGAAGCUCUGAUCCCUAUAAGUACACUUAUAAUUCAGGUAUUAAUUAUGAAACUCUGGGUCCUGAGGAGCUGCGGUCGUUGCUGAUGACGCAAUGUGGGGUCAUUUCGGAACAUACCAAGAAGAUGUGUACAAGGUCGCUGCGAUGUCCGCAGCACACAGACGAACAGCGGAGGACAGUGCGAGUCUUCCUGCUGGGGCCUUCAGCGUCUCUCCCGGAGCCGGAGACGAGUGUGGAGAACGACAGCUAUGACCCCUCGGAGAACCAGGCCCUCAUGAGCCGACUGCAGUGGGACGGCUCCUCUGACAUCUCGCCUUCAGACUCUGCUUCGUCCAAAGCAAGUACCAACAACUCUGAGUCCAAGAAAACCAAAAAGAAGAAACCUCACCUGGGCCUAAACAGUGGCAGCGGCAGCUCGCAGCAGGGGCUGGGGGGCUCGUCCAGCAAGAAGAAGAAGCCCAAGCUGCUGGCACCACCAACCCCCAGCAUCUACAAUAACAUCAACUAGCAUCCCACCCCCAGCAUCUACAAGGACAUCAACUAGCACCCACCCUGAGCAUCUACAAGGACAUCUACUAGCAUCCCACCCCGAGCAUCUACAAGGACAUCAACUAGCACCCACCCUGAGCAUCUACAAGGACAUCAACUAGCACCCACCCUGAGCAUCUACAAGGACAUCAACUAGCACCCACCCCGAGCAUCUACAAGGACAUCAACUAGCACCCACCCUGAGCAUCUACAAGGACAUCUACUAGCAUCCCACCCCGAGCAUCUACAAGGACAUCAGCUAGCAUCCCACCCCGAGCAUCUACAAGGACAUCAACUAGAAUCCCACCCCCAGCAUCUACAACAUCAUCAACUAGCAUCCCACCCCGAGCAUCUACAAGGGCAUCAACUAGCCACAUAUUCUGUCCAACCCGCCCAGCGAGACAGAGAGCGCCGCCUAGCCCCAGCGUCUUCGACAUCAGCUAACUCAAGACCACCUGCCCAGUAUGACAGAGAGAGCGAUGCCCAGCCCCAGCAUCAACAACAUCAGCUAGCCCCCCCGACCACCUGCCUAGCGUGACGCACAGAGUGCACUGGCCGCCUAUCCAUCCUCCAGACUCUCCACACAGCUUUAUGUGGGGCAGUUCUGCAGCUAAACAAGCCCACCACCAGAAGCCCCUCCCCUUCCCUGCACCAGCCGUAGUUUGUGCUGAUUUCCUGAUCUUCGUUCGAGGCAUUUCACUGGAUAUGUUAAAUCGUGAACGCCUAUUUACAGGCUGACAACAUUAUUAUUAUUAUUAUUAUUAUUAUUAUU